AUGCGAAGCUCAGGUAGCGUCAUGGGUGGUGCAAUCAACUUUUCUACGAAUUACUCCAAGUCAUCCGUCGGAGGCAUUGCGUGGUAUACCUAUCUUAUCUUCGUGGGCUUCGAAUGUACUGGAGUGAUCUGGGCUUUCUUACUAUCACCAACCCAGCGUGUUCGACGUCGCGAUGGUUCCAAAAUCAUCAUGCCCAGUAGAAUCAGCUGGAAACAGGAAUUCGCUGCCCUGCUUAAGCAUCUUCAGCGCAAGAAGACAUGGCUUCUCUUCUUGCCGGCAUUCUACUCAUUCUUCUACGGCGGCACAAUGGGAACAUAUCUCUCGCUACACUUCUCAGUGCGAGCCCGCGCGUUGUCAUCCUUGAUUAUCCCAUCGGUCACCAUCCCAAUCGUCAUCGCAUAUGGAAGGUUGUUGGACUUGACGCGCUGGUCUCAACCCAAACGCGCAUGGAUUGCUUUCGCCUUGUGGGUCAUCCCUCAAACAGCCUGCUUUAUUUGGAUCGGCAUACAAUACAGCAAAUUCGGAUCUGCGACACUGGGACUGGACUAUGAACAGGAUGGCAGAAGAUGGGCUGUGGCCUACGUCCCGUAUCUCAUCAUCUUCACAACUGGCUAUUGGACUCAACUUUCCCUGUACUGGAUUCUCGGUACCUUCUCCACCGACAUUGGAUCAUCUUCUCGAACGGGUGGUCUGUUUCGGGCAUUCGAAACUGCCGGUCAGGCAGUUUCCUACGCCAUCAACUCGACCUCUGGAGCAAGUCCGAUCGUUCCCUUCUAUGUCAACUUCGCCAUCUUGAUAAUUACAGUACCAUGCAUGAUGUCGCUUAUUAGAAUGGUACCGGAAGCCCCUUGUGAUACAGAUAUCGACGCGGGAAAUGCUGUGGUCAUCGAGGGGAUACCAGCGAAGGACCAGGCAAUGGCCACUUGA